UUAUCGCGGUCGCCUAUCGCGCGUGCUUCAUAAGGCUCAUUUCGCACUAAUGUUUCUCUCGGCCGUGUUUUUAACGGAGCCAAACCGGGCACAUUGGAAUCUACGCAGCUCGAUUGCCUUCAGGUUCUAUUUUGGAAGCAAACAGACUCGCAAGAAUGCAUAGGAUUUCGAUUUGGUCAGCUCUCCUACUAACGGCCUACGUGGCAAUGGGCUCGUCUGUAGAAGUACGGUUGCAGAAGCGGGAAGCGGAUAUCUAUGCCAAAUGUCUUCCCGAACUCCUUAAGGAUGUCAAGCACAUCGCUGCGGCUGUUUACAUCACUCUCAUUCCGCCGCGCUUCUCCCCUGAAGAAGAAUGUGAGCGCAAAGGGAGUUAUUCUUACGUGGUCUCGUAUGCAAAGGAAAGCGGAGAACCGAAACGCUGGAUACCUCCUAGCACUGAAGGACCCAUAGUCCUCCACCACCUCGAGCCCUCGACGGCGUACAAUAUAACGGUAGCUAUGAGAUACUUCUACACCAGCACAAGCCAAGCAAAGGAGACACGAGAGUUCCUAAUUGAGACGAAGACCACGGACAUCGCAGUUCCUCCAGCACCGACUACAGAAAUCAAACUGGUGGAUUCAUCCCUUCUGAAUAAGACUCAGCAGAAGAUUGAAUUUCCGUACCAUAUCUUCAGCGAUGCCAACGGGCCUAUCAACGAACUCCGUAUACUCGUGGCACAGGACACGGUAAUAGAUAAGUGCGAGCAGCCAGUCACGUGGAAAGCAGCCCAUUCGCACUCACCCAUCAAGUGUUACAAUGCCGGAAGUGACGACGAGUUGAAUUCAGGUUGUCAAUUGAAAUAUCCUACGCAGACAUGCGUGUUAGGAUUCCAAGAAGAAGAAGAAUGCGGUGACCGUAUAUGCAAUGGACCACUGACGCCUGGCGUCAAGUACGGUGUCAAGCUAAGGGGGACCAACAAGGCUGGGUCCACAGAUUCCAAGCCUGUCUUCUUCACAGCUGGAAGCCCACCUGGCGCUGCUGGCAGUGGCAGUGGUGCCGGUGGCAAAGGCAGCGAUGCAGGUGGCAAAGGCAGUGCUGUUGGUGGCAAAGGCAGUGGCAGAACGACGAGUGGAAACUCCUCGUUGAUCGGUGCUAUCACGUUUUUCGUAGUCCUCGCAAUGACGAAAUAGUCACACACCUGUGUUGGUAGGAUUCUACUAAAGGACAUCUGACUGCAACCUGGUGCCACGGCAUUCAAGAAUUCGUGCUCAAAGAUGCAACAAAUGGACGCACAACAGGACUCGUCUAAUGAUCUGGAGGCAUGUCAUGUCUGUGGGGUUCUUUAGCGGCAGUGGUGGCAAAACUUGAACAACAUUACGAAAAUUAUUGUGCACAAAAAAUACUACCAUUUUGAUAUAGAAAUGUUCAGCAUUUGGCCCCUCCGUACGGGUAUUGUGACAGUUUGUACAAGUUACCUUGAUCGUGAUCUAAUAAAGAAAAAAAUUGUAUUUACA